CACUCACUCCACACACUCACAAGUACACACAAACUUUUACCAGCACAAUGAAACUCAAUUACCACCACCACCACACAUUCCCAUGGCCACCACCACCACCACCACCACCUCUUUUUUCCUUCCAAACUCAUUCAACACUCAAAACACCAACAAAAAAUUCCCAAAACACCCCUACUCUCCCCCAAAGUUCACCGCCUCAUCUAUCACAUCCCAAUCAUCAAAAUCCGCCAAAGACCAUCUCCUCACCCUAAUCUCCGACCAAGACCGCGGUCUCAAAACUCAAAACAACCCUUCCAAAUUAGCAUCGAUAGUUUCCGCGAUCGAUGCAUUGGCCGCGAUUAGCACCGGCUCUGUAACAACCGGCGACAACUUAUCUGCCACGUGGCGGUUACUCUGGACUACAGAGAAGGAGCAGCUGUUCAUCAUUGAGAAAGCUGGCUUGUUUGGAACCAAAGCUGGAGAUGUAUUGCAAGUCAUUGAUGUUCGGAAUUUGAGUCUCAAUAAUGUUAUUACGUUUCCUCCUGAUGGAGUUUUCUUCGUUCGAUCAAAUAUUGAGGUUGCUUCAUCGCAGAGAGUGAACUUCAGAUUUACUAGUGCAGUGUUACGUGGGAAGAACUGGGAAAUACCAUUGCCUCCAUUUGGACAGGGUUGGUUUGAUACUGUAUACCUCGAUGAUGAACUUCGAGUUGUAAAGGAUAUCAGGGGAGACUAUUUAGUUGUUGACCGAGCUCCCUAUAGCUGGAAAGAAUGACUGGAAUCUUCAGUCAUUGUUUGCUCAUCUUCAUUGAAAACACUCAAUUCAACUGCGUGUAUGGUUUCAGUUCUGUCUUUGUACUUAAUUAUGUUCGAUGUUCAUUUAGUUUUCUGAAUACUGAAUUGCCUCUUGAUCUCCUUUGUAAAUCAUAUUGUUUGUUCUUAAAUAACAAUUAGAGAUUGCUACAA